AUGUCAUCCAAAACAAAAAAGACUGUAACAUCGUCGUCAAACAUUAGUGUUGUGUCAUCUGUGCAAAGCCCUCCUCAAUCAAGCACUCCUGUUGGCAGCCGCCCUUCGAGUUCUGCCGGUCGUCCUAGCAGUCCACUUAGUCCUACGAGACACAGUCGUUUACAAGAAAAAGAUGCUCUGCAAAAUCUCAAUGAUCGCCUCGCGGCUUACAUUGACAAAGUUCGUCAACUCGAAAGUGAAAAUUCAGGCUUGCGUCGGGAAAUUCAAACUACACAGGAGGUCAUAACACGCGAGGUGUCCAAUAUCAAGGGAAUGUAUGAACAUGAGCUCCAGGAUGCCCGAAAGUUGUUAGAUGAUACAUCUCGUGAAAAAGCAAAACUAGAAAUAGAUCUCAAAAGAUUGUACGAAGAAAACGAUGAUUUAAAGAAACGAUUGGAUAAGAAGACCAAGGACUGUCAGCAGGCAGAGAAUUUGGCCCGUCAUUAUGAAACACGUUACACAGAAGAGAGUAACAAAUACAAUAAUGCUCUUGCUGACAAGAAGAAAGCUCAAGAUGAAGCAAGGGAAUUGGCGAAGGAAUUGGAAAAACUGCGUAAGGUUUACGCCGAUACACGCAAAACACUUGAAGAAGAGAUGUUGUGCCGUAUUGACAUGGAGAACACCGUACAAAGUCUGCGCGAAGAACUUUCCUUCAAGGAUCAAGUGUUCCAACAGGAGCUGCAGGAAACUCGCACCCGUCGCCAAGUCGAGAUCUCGGAGAUCGACGGUCGUUUGGCUCAACAGUAUGAAGCUAAGUUACAACAAAGUCUGCAGGAACUACGCGAGCAACAAGAAGCCAAUAUUAAGGCCAACAGAGAGGAAAUUGAAGCUCUCUAUGAAAAUAAGCUGAAGAACCUGCAGGCUGCCGCCAACCGCAACAGUAAUGCGGCCAACGUGGCAGUGGAAGAGCUCCGCACAAUGCACACGCGCAUUGACAGCCUCAACUCCACGCUGAACGAUUUGGAAAACAAGAAUGCUGCGCUGAGCAACCGGUGCCGCGAGCUGGAGCGGCAGCUGGAGUCGGAGCGCGCGCGGCACGCAGAGGACCUGGCGGCGCUGGAGCAGGAGCUGGCGCGCCUGCGCGACGAGAUGGCGGCGCAGCUGCGCGAGUACGCCACGCUCAUGGACAUCAAGAUCUCGCUCGACCACGAAAUCGCCACCUACCGCGCGCUCAUCGAGGGCGAGGAGGACAGGUUGAACCUGACAGCGCAGUCCCCUGGGCGCGAAGGGCGGGAGUCACGCGCGUCGGUGAGCGCAACGAGCAGUGGGCGUGGCACGCCAGGCCGCCGCGCCACGCCGCUGCGCGCUGCGCGCAAGCGCACGCUGCUCGAAGAGUCCGAGGAGCGCAGCCUGCAGGACUUCAGCGUCACUUCCAGCGCCAAGGGCGACCUCGAGGUCGCCGAGGCCUGUCCAGACGGCAGUUUCGUUAAGAUACGCAACAAGGGCAAGAAGGAGUUGAGCUUGGGUGGUUAUCAGAUUGUCCGUAAGGCUGGCGACCAGGAGACCGUGUUUAAGUUCCACCGUACAGUGAAAGUGGAGCCCGGCGCCAUAGUAACGGUGUGGUCCGCGGACGUAGGCGCCGACCACGACCCGCCCCGCGACAUCGUCAUGAAGGGACAGAAGUGGUUUGUGGCGGACACAUUCACCACAACCUUGUACAACAAUGAACAAGAGGUAAGAAUUCUAAAUAUUAAGUCACCUGUUCUGGUGAGGAUACAGAAUUGA